AUGGCACUUUCAUUGAGCUUGUGCGCCCUAGCGGUCGGUGUCUUGGCGCAGUCGACAUCCUCGGAAGAGAUCGUAUGGUCCUCAGUCGCCUACAUCUACCACGGCGAACGGCAGCCUCUUGUUGCCCUCGGCAGUCCGGUUCUCACACCGCUUGGAGCCCAGCAAAUGUUGGCCCAAGGUGCUUACUUCCGCGCCCGAUACUUGAGCAGUGGAACAUCUGACAGCACCGGGAGUCCACACCGUAUAUCGAGUCUCGAUGCAGAUUCUCUGGAUUCCACCAAGAUUAGCGUAGUUUCCAGUGACGAUGCCUACGUUUCCUCGAGUGCCAUCGCCUUCAUGCAAGGACUGUAUCCUCCUGUCACGGGAACCAUGGCCGGCAUUGCGGGAGGUGCUGCGGUCGCAAGGCUUGCCAACAAUUCUGUUGUCGAAUUCCCACUCAAUGGUUAUCAGUACCCUAGAGUACAAGCUUCGUCAAUGUUGAGUUCUGAAUCGGUCUGGACCCAGGGCUACCAGGAUUGUCCCUCCAAAACUCACUCAGAACUGGAUAUUGUCAGGAAUACAGAAAUGAAGAAGCUCAGAGAAGACUCGCAGUCUCUCUUCAACAAGUUUCGGGAAAGUUUGUUAGAAUCCUCGGGCCUGUUCAAGAGCGGCUCAGAUUUAGCAUACGACUAUUUCGGUAAUGCUUACGAUGUUUACGACUUUGUCCGAUACAAUUAUACCCACGACAAUGUCACGCAGACCAUCAUCCCGCGGGCAGAUAUUGACAGCCUCGAGAAAUAUGCCGCUCGACAGCAACAACAGCUCCACGGCAACCUAACUGUAAGCGGUACAGAGCCAAACGACCAGAUUCGCGCCAUCGGCGGCAAGACAAUCGCCACAAGGAUUUCCUCGCAAAUCAGGGCAUCCAGCAAUGAUUCGAUCUCGAUGCAUUCAAGCCUUCAAAGAAGCAAGCUUACCUUGAUCUUUGGCUCUCACGAACCCCUUAUAUCAUUGUUUUCACUCACUGGGCUCGUUAACGGUAACAGCAAACAAGUCUUUGAGGCUCUCCCCAACCCCGGGGCAGCAAUAGUUUUUGAAACUUUCACAGCUGGAGGCAGUGCACCUCAGGAUGGCCAACAACCUCAACAAGAAGACCUUUUGGUGCGCUUCUUGUAUCGCAACGGCUCGGAAGAUAGCGCACCAUUCGUGGCAUAUCCUCUUUUUGGUAGGAGCAAUGCCGAAUGGCGGAUGAGAUAUACCGACUUCAUGGAGGCGAUGGACCGGAUAGCCAUGCCGACGUGGCAGCUGUGGUGUGCUGCUUGUGGUCAUGGGGCAACAUUUUGCCCUGGCAAUAAGGCUGCUACAUCCGGACUUGACGGCGUGAGUGUAUCAGUAACAUCAAGUGGAAAUAUGAGCCUGGCAGUAGCAGGGGUUAUUGGUGCCGUUUCCGCCCUAGCCCUCAUGGCGAUUUUGACAGUCAUGGUAGCCCUUCUUGGCGGUCUUAGGCUCAGUCGCAGAAAUCAGACGCAAGCACAUGGCCCAGGUGGCUUUUUUACAUCCGGUGGCUUCCGGGGCGAGGAGAAGAGAGAAAACGACCGUGACGUACAGGUUACCCAAGGCGGCAUCCGGCACGAACGUUCCGGUAGUUGGGAGCUACGCAGCGCGGGUCCCCAAAAUAAUCAACAAGUUGCGCGUGGUGUUAGUCCUCGGCCCGGACUCUCCGUGCUGCGGCAACAAGGGGAGAGCCAGAUAUCGGGAAAACGAGGCGGUGAUGUACCGCCACUGGAAGAUGAGACCAGCAGCAUAUUUGGUGCAUCACCCGUGGAACCAAGGUCUGCCAUCUGA